GAGAUAAACGUCUGUGCAACCCGCAUGGUAUCGUGUCGCAGCAUGUGGACCAAGGUCCUAUCAUGCCAUAUGUAAGUACCCCGCUGUGCAUACGUUCUAAUUCGUGGACCUUGGGGGGCCUUAUCAUUCGUACGGAUCACGCAGUUCCAACUCAUGUCGGCCACCAAGACCAGCGCUCAGGUACCCCAGACUAAAGGGCAUCACCUGGAUAAUCGCGAAUCUCGUAAUCCUUUAACUGCACUAUCUCAGUCUAGUCCUGUCUUUCCAGGUUCGAGUGUCGUGACAGCACUGAUGGAACCAUAUGGAAAGAAGUUACAUCUUCGGAUAACGUCCGAUUUUAGCACACACUUCUUUUAAAUAGAUCAGAAAGACGGAGCAUGAUUAGUGCUUCUUCCUGCGACGCUCUCCGCCGUUUGCUCUAAUGGCCGACACCCAGGCAGCCGAUGUCCAUCCCUAUGCGCCUCCCUUGAUCACUUCAGAGCAGACUGCCAUACGGCGCAAGACCACGAGCUCGUCUACGUCCUUUGACGAGAAGAAGGGCCAUGCUGCUAAAGAUCCUAAGGUUGUCAUGUCCAACGACAAGGAAGAGGAUGGGAUCCCAACUUUUUAUCAGAGGUUCCGCCCAUUUAUCCUAGGAGCGGUUGCAGCUGUUAUCUUGGGUUGGUGGAUAAGUUCUAUAGUAUUGAAGGAUACACGACAUCGCUGGAUUGUCCAGACACUCUUUGCUUGGUUCUUCCUCCUCGUCAUUGCAUUCCGAUUUAUUCCCAACCGCGUUGUGUCGGAACCUGUCAGCGCAGUGUGGAUGCCGUUAGUUCAAGAACCAUGGUAUAGAUUAAACCGUAGGUUGCGGCUAGCAAUCGGUUGGUUGUGUCUUCUCGGCAUUGUUUUUGGAUCAGCUUUUGGUUUCAAACUCGAGAAUGGUUCCAACUAUGGCGAUCGUGCAAUUUCAGUUCUUGGAUUGUUCAUCUUCCAAUGCGGCUUUGUGAUUUCGUCAAAGUCGCGCUCCACGAUUCCCUGGCCUACCGUUAUCGUUGGCUUAUUCAUCCAACAGGCUAUCGCUUUGUUUGUGCUCAAGAGUGGAGCUGGAUUCUCAAUCUUCAACUGGGUCGCAACUCUGGCGGCUGAUUUUCUCAGCCAAUCUAAAGCGGGAGCAGCCUUCUUCUUCGACGCUGAAACUGUGGCGAAAAGUUGGUUCUUCGUGAACACUCUCGCGGCGAUUAUCUUUUUCGUUGCGUUUGUGCAAAUGAUGUACUACCUUGGGGUGAUGCAAUGGAUACUGAAAAACUUUGCCUGGUUCUUCUUCAAAUUACUGGAUGUAUCCGGUGCUGAAGCCGUUGUGGCCGCUUCAUCUCCGUGGAUUGGUCAGGGAGAAUCUGCCUGUUUGGUUAGACCAUACGUUGACCUCAUGACAGAUUCGGAGUUGCACUUGACGAUGACCUCUGGGUUCUCAACAAUUGCUGGGUCUGUCAUGUCUGCCUACAUUUCCUUAGGGGUUCCACCGGAGAACUUGGUAACCUCCUCCGUGAUGAGUAUUCCGGCGUCCAUUGCCAUAAGUAAGAUUCGAAUGCCGGAGGACGACGAGCCCGUCACUCGGGGUAAUAUUGUCAUUGAUCGCGGCGAAAGCAAAGAGCGGGCUCCGAGUAACGCUCUUCACGCUUUUAGCCAGGGCGCUGUUUUCGGUCUUAUCGUUGCUGGCCAGAUUCUGACUAACGUUCUCACUGUCCUAUCUUUGGUAUCUGCAAUCAAUGGCCUUCUUACCUGGAUCGGUCACGGAUUUGGAAUCCACCAACUGACUCUCCAGCUCAUCAUUGGUUAUAUAUUCUACCCUGUUACAUUCUUCUUGGGUGUUCCCCGGGCCGAGAUCCUCACGGUUUCCCGGUUGCUUGCGACAAAAUUGGUCGCGAACGAGUUUUCUGCAUACUUGGAGCUCAAAACAUUGAUGGCCAGUGAUGGCGCACUUUCACAGCGAGGAUAUACGAUUGCUUCAUAUGCGCUUUGUGGGUUUGCCAAUCUUGGCUCUCUCGGUAUCCAGAUUGGCGUACUUGGGGCGCUGGCACCCUCUAAGGGCAAGGUUAUUGCUCGCAUUGCUGUCUCAGCGAUGAUUUGCGGAUUUUUGUCUACGCUCCAGACCGCCAGUAUUGCAGGAAUGCUUGUAUGAGAGGGAUAUAUGUCCCAUUUGCUUCCAAAAGAGGGUGUUAUUCACUUUGUAGUUUACGUCUUCAUGAUAUUCAGUGUAUUCAAGAAAAAUGACGAUCGGUUUCCUGCACUUA